AACCCAGCUGAGUUAUGUGUAAACUCCUUCUUCUAGACAAUAAAAGGACCUCAUUAUCGGUGCUUGAGUCAAAGCAGAACUCGUAUCAGAAGAUCAGAACUGCUUUUCUUCAGGCACUGUAUCUGUAAAACAGAGGGCUGUACACAGAGGCUAAAAUGACUGCACAAGAGAUUGUUGCUUUCAAAGCAGACAAUGGAAAAUUUUGGAGCGUAAUUAAUUAUGGCAGUAGCAACACAAUUGAAGCAGCAAAAUCCAGUCUUGACUGCUUCUGUGAGUUUUUGGUGUGUCCCGCUUCAUGUGGAAAAAUUUACAUCAAGACCCCUCAUGGCAUGUAUCUGAGUCGUAUCAACCAUGGUGCUACUGACAUCAUUGAGCCAGCCAAAAAAACACCAGAUGUUUACUGUGAGUUCCAGCUGUUCAUCCAAGAUGGUAAAAUGGUUCUCAAAGCUGACAAUGGCAAAUACUUAAGUCGUAUCAACCGGGGAGGCAAAGACAACAUUGAACCUGCAAAGCAACAUAUUGAUGAAUACUGCCUCUUUGAAGUGAUUGAUCCAAAGAAUGCUUCCUUGGGGAUACUGGCGCUUUUUGCGAAUAAUUGUGUUCCAGUGUCAUUCAAAACCGAUUUGGGACACUUCUGGAGUGUUGUUCAGAAUGGAGAUGCCCACACAAUUGAAGCACCAGAUUCAGCCAUGACACCUUCUGCCGAAUUCCUCAUGGAAAAAACUCCAUGUGGAAAGAUCCUUCUGAAAACUCCACAGAACAUGUACCUGAGUCGUAUUAACCGUGGAAUUGACUUUAUAGAAGCUGCUAAAGCUACUGCAGAUGUCUAUUGCCAGUAUACAGUUAGUCAUUCCUAUAAGAUGGUUCUUCAAGCUGACAAUGGCAAAUACUUGAGCCGAAUCCGCCGUGGUUCUACGGAUAACAUUGAGGCAGCAAAGCAAGAUAUUGAUGUGUUUUGCCAAUUUGAUGUGGUCCCAUACAGUGGUUAAUCAGUCUGAUAGAUGUCAGUUUACUUGUCUUAGUUCUUGUGCCAGAGAGAAGUUAUUAAUUGUUUAACCCCAAAAUUUAUUUUGCUUUUUUUUUUGUAUGUCUGAACUUCAACAGACUAGACUCUACAAUAUGUAAAAUGGGUCAUGCCAGUGUUUACAUUGCCAUAUUGAAGCACACUGAGAGAAAAAAAAAGUUUUGAUGCUUGGGAUGAGGGUUUCUACUUUAGUACUUGUAACAAUGACACUGUAUUAUUUCUGGUUCAUAUAUUUAAAAUUUUGGUACAAGCGGAUUUUUACUAUUGUACAGCAACCACAUAAAGCAAAGCACAACAUUUAUUUUAGGAUAUAUUACCAGACCUGAAUUCCUAAGUAAUCACCACCACUGCUAUACCAAUUGCCUUUUGGUGUUAUGACUGUGAUUUAUCUGCCUUUGUCAUAAUUCCAGUCUUUAAAAUAUGACUUUUACUCACUCAGGCAACUUGAUGCAAUACAGUCCAGCAUGCAAACCAAAUGGAAUUUGUAUUUAGCACGUGGGCAGUAAGUCUUGGUUCAAAUCUGUGAGAGGUCAUUUCAUCACAAAACUACAAACAUUUGUCUUGACACCACAUCAUUUUUCCCAGGGCAUCUUUAUUUAAUGCAGGGCUUAAACACGCACCUUAAAAAUAUUACAGUCAGACAACCAGUUCUUAUCAGGUUUAAUUUUUCUUACUGAACUGUAAUGCACACAGAACUGCCCUCUCAUGCUUUGUUUUCAAGGUAAAGCCAAUUUAUUCUGACUACUGAACAAAAAUAAAGUGGUUACAAUGGGA